AUGGAAGGCUUCUCGGUCAAAGACACCGACUGCGCAGUGAGCACUAAGGACCUGGAGGCGAUUGUCUUCGGCGGGCUGCAGGAAGGUGAAGAGGAAGCGAAUGAAGAGCUUGGCCAACCUGACCAGGAGGAAGCACUUCCAUCGGCGGCGUGGUCGGAUCCAGAUGACGCGGCGUUGCAAGUCCCCCUGGUUGGUGACCGACACAGGAAAAGGUUUCGGCAAGCCGAUUCAGAGGUGACGGGACAGGAGUACGAACGACUUCUACGCCAAAGGUUCUUGAAGCUGAACGGAUCUGCGCACUGGGCGGCGUGCGACCCUUCAGAGGCCCAAGCUUCGGACUCGGAGGAGGACGUUGGAGAAGUCGCAAGCACGCGAAACCCUGUGGUAGCAUCUACAGGCAGGCUGGACAUCAAGCGCUUGCGUGAGCUGCCGCUCUUGGCACGGAUGCCAA